CCUCCAUAAAUAUUAUGGCAUCCUCUCUACACGCUCUGCAUUAACUCCUACCGGUUCAUUUCCCUUCUCACUCUUCAUUUUCAAAACCCCUUCUCUCUCUCUCUCCUCCCUCAUCUUCGUCUUUUUCUCCUCUCUUUCUCCCCAACAAGUAUUCUUUUUUAAUUCUGUUCACAAGCAAAUGUUCUCCCCACCUAACACCCCACCGGAAAACCGCUAAUAUAAAUUAAAAGGUGGUUUUCUGUUAAUACUUUUGGCCGCAAAACAGAUCUGAUACCACCCUUUCGUUCCAUUCUCAUCCACCGAUAUCAUUUUACACCAUUCCUCCGGAGAAAAUACUUGGAGUUUCAGAGCUGAUUCUUCGAAUUAUUGGUGAAAAACUGUUCUUUUCUGUUUCAAAAACCCUAGAAUCAAGAUGUUUCAGCCAGAUAUGUUUGAAAGCAAUCACCUUCUAUUGGAUCAGAUGAAUCAAAACCAGAAAACCUCGGAAGAUCAGAAUGAUCUUCAACUUGAUAUGCUGAGAGAUGAUGAGUUUGAUACCAAAUCCGGGGGGACUGAUGGCCUCGAAAACCCAUCUGGUGAUGAUCAAGAUCCCAGUCAACAUCCCAACAAGAAGAAGCGCUAUCAUCGCCACACACAACAUCAGAUUCAAGAAAUGGAAGCGUUCUUCAAAGAGUGUCCUCAUCCGGACGACAAGCAAAGAAAGGAGCUUGGCCGGAGAUUAGGGUUAGAGCCUUUGCAAGUCAAGUUCUGGUUCCAGAACAAGCGAACUCAAAUGAAGUCUCAACAUGAACGAUGUGAGAACACACAGCUCAGGAAUGAAAACGAAAAGCUCCGUGCUGAUAAUGUUAGAUACAAAGAAGCUCUUGCUAAUGCUUCCUGUCCAAGUUGCGGCGGUCCCGCUGCAAUUGGUGAAAUGUCAUUUGAUGAGCAGCAUUUGAGGAUCGAGAAUGCCCGAUUAAGAGAAGAGAUUGACAAAAUAUCUGGAAUCGCCGCAAAAUAUGUUGGCAAGCCUAUGCUUUCAUAUCCUCACCUCCCUGCUCAUGGACCAUCAAGAUCACUGGAUCUUGGGGUGGGGAGUUUUGGACCACAGUCGGGUAUAGGUGUCCCCGACUUGUUUGGGCCUGGCGACCUUCUCAGGUCCGUUUCUGGGCCUAGUGAAGCUGACAAACCCAUGGUAAUUGAGCUUGCAGUUGCGGCAAUGGAGGAGCUUAUAACAAUAGCUCAGGCUGGAGCGCCCUUGUGGAUUCAAAAUUUGGGAAAUAGCAUCGAGUGUUUGAAUGAAGAUGAGUACUUGCAUAAUUUCCCUAGAGGGAUUGGACCGAGACCCAUGGGACUCAAAUCUGAGGCAUCUAGAGAAUCUGGAAUUGUUAUAAUGAAUCCUAUUAGCCUUGUGGAAAUCAUGAUGGAUGUGAACCAAUGGUCAACUGUGUUUUCGAGCAUUGUUUCAAGAGCAAUGACAAUAGAAGUUCUUUCGACUGGUGUUGCUGGGAACUACAAUGGAGCUUUACAAGUGAUGACAGCCGAGUUUCAAGUUCCAUCUCCUUUAGUUCCAAGUCGGGAAAACUAUUUCGUAAGGUACUGCAAACAACACGAUAAUGGGAUAUGGGCUGUUGCUGAUGUUUCCUUGGACAAUUUGCGACCUGUGUCCAUAUCUCGAUGCAGAAGAAGGCCAUCAGGCUGUUUUAUCCAGGAAUUGCCUAAUGGUUACUCAAAUGUUACGUGGGUUGAACACGUGGAAGUCGACGAUCAAGGUGUUCAUGAUAUAUACAGACCACUAGUCAAUUCAGGUCUUGCUUUUGGUGCAAAGCGCUGGGUAACAAUGCUUAGCAGGCAAUGUGAACGCCUUGCAAGUGCUAUGGCAAACAACAUUCAAGCUGGAGAUGUGGGAGUAAUAACAACUCCUGAAGGGAGAAAGAGCAUGUUGAAGCUGGCGGAAAGAAUGGUCUUGAGCUUUUGCUCUGGCGUGGGUUCAUCAACUGAGCACACAUGGACUACCCUAUCAGGGAGUGGUGCUGAUAAUGUAAGAGUCAUGACAAGAAAGAGUAUAGAUGAUCCAGGUAGGCCUGCUGGUAUCGUUCUUAGUGCUGCGACUUCGUUUUGGAUUCCAGUUGCUCCUAAAAGGGUUUUUGAUUUCCUCAGAGAUGAGAAUACGCGCAAUGAGUGGGAUAUCCUGUCAAACGGUGGUCUAGUGCAGGAAAUGGCACACACUGCUAAUGGCCGUGAUCCUGGGAACUGUGUCUCAUUAUUGCGCGUAACUGGCACUAACUCAAGCCAAAGCAACAUGCUGAUUCUACAAGAGAGCUGUGCAGAUCCUACUGGCUCAUAUGUGAUAUAUGCGCCAGUUGACAUGGGUGCUAUGAAUCUGGUCUUAAGUGGUGGUGAUCCUGACUACGUUGCUCUUUUACCAUCUGGAUUUGCUAUACUUCCUGAUGGUCCUGUACAGAAUGUGGAACAGAUUCUUGAGGUCGGGUCAGGCGGAUCUUUAAUUACUGUUGCCUUUCAAAUUCUGGUGGAUUCAGUUGCCACUGCAAAGCUCUCCCUUGGAUCAGUGGCAACUGUGAACAACCUUAUUAAGUGCACAAUAGAAAGGAUCAGGAGUGCGGUAGUAGGUGACCAGAACAUUUGACCUAAGGGUCAAACGUGAGUUAGAAUAGGGGCAAAAAGAAGAUAAAGGCUAUGCAAGCUUUGUUUAUUGUGGGAUUUAAAACUGAAGGUGGAAGUCAAGAACGCACCAUAUAUGAUCGACCUUUGUUGUCUGGUGUUUGUCCAAGGUAGUGAAGUCGCAGGCAAUAGUGCUUAUCACCGGCCAGCUGGCAAGGGUAAUUGGUUCGGGUAUUGACUUUGCCUAAGGAUUAUCCUUUUAAACCUAGCUUACAUAAACCAUUUAAACUUCUGUUCAUUUUGUUUCCUUCUAGACUUAGUUCAAUAGUGUCAAAAAUAUGUGUUUGCAUAGAGGUGUUUGUUGGUAGACUUUAAAGUUUGGUUUGGCUUUGAACCAACUUCAUACCAACUUGCUUUUCGUAUUUGAAGUGAUAGAAACUAGUAGCUUCUGUCUUGCAUGUGUAGACUUUUUUUUGGAAAUGUAUUUACAUAAGCUGUGACCUCUGGAUCGAGUUUCAGAAUUGAGAGAUUUGAUUAGUCCUCUCAAAUAACUUGCUCCAAGUUUCAGCUGAAUAUAUUUCUGGAUUUUGGCGCAUUCAAGAACGUUAUUGCAGUUGGCAAAGGACAACUGCUUGUUGAAGCUUUUAAUAAAUCUUUAGAAACUUGCAUCAAUUAUUCUAUCUGAUUUAACCUUCUUUUUCUUGACCAUGCAUUGCUCUGUUUGUUCACAUGCAUUUGGAUGUAUUUGGUCUCCCAUUUGGCCUCUUUUCUUGUGUGUUGUAUGGCAGUACUGGUUUGGUUUGUAU